UCUGCAGCUCUGGAGUGAUGCUCAGAUCGAGGAGAGCAGGGCUUGAGGAUGUAGGAGGAUCCCAGAUAGCGAGGGGCUCGUAAAUCUACCCGAAUCAGACGCGUUUGCACUGACGAGGAAGGGGGGGGGGCAUCAUCCAUCCACAGUGAGCAGAGCUGCGUGUCCUCAUAGCCAAAGUCGGCGAUCAGAUUCGCUUUGCUUCCUGAAAGAGAAAGAGAGAGUGGGGGACAGCUUUCCUGUUCUCUCUCUCUCUCUCUCUCUCUCUCUCUCUCUCUCUCUCUCUCUCUUUCCUCCAUGGAUUUCUGCCUCUCAUACUUGCGCACGCACAUGAAGGGCAACGCGGCUCGGUCGCAUCCCGGAGUACAACAUGACACAUUAUAGGAGGACGGGGUCGAUGAAAAGCAGCACGUCUCUCAAUCUGGUGACGGGAUUUUUCCAGUAUCUGCGCGAUGAGCAAGAAGCAGUGCAAAAAAGAACCUUUACAAAAUGGAUCAACUCACACUUGGCAAAGCACAAACCUCCGCUGGUGGUCGCCGACCUGUUUGAAGACAUAAAGGAUGGGAUAAAGUUACUAGCCCUCCUGGAGGUCCUGUCUGGACAGAAAUUGCCUUGUGAGCAAGGCCGUCAGCUCAAGAGGAUCCACUGGGUGUCCAAUGUUGGCACGGCGCUCAAGUUUCUGGAGAGCAGGAGGAUCAAGUUAGUCAACAUAAACGCGACUGACAUUGUUGAUGGAAGGCCGUCCAUCGUCCUUGGCUUAAUAUGGACCAUCAUCCUGUAUUUCCAGAUCGAGGAGCUGACCAGUAACCUGCCGGCCAUCAGGUCGCUGUCCAGCAGCACCUCAUCUGUAGACAGCAAGGCCAGCUCUGAGAUGGCCAGUCCGCCCAUGAAGAGGAAGGUGGUGACCAAGUUCCAGGGUAGCGCCAAGAGAGCGCUGCUCAGAUGGGUGCAGCAUGUAGCAUCCAGACACCUGGCCAUCGAGGUGAAGGACUUUGGGCUCAGCUGGCGAAGCGGGGUGGCUUUCCACUCGGUCAUCCAUGCCAUCCGUCCGGACCUGGUGGACAUGGAGCUCGUGCAGAAGAGGACCAACAGGGAGAAUCUGGAGGAGGCCUUCUCCCUGGCGGAGAACGAGCUCGGCAUUCCGCGACUGCUGGAUCCAGAAGAUGUUGACGUCGACAAACCGGACGAGAAAUCCAUCAUGACCUACAUCGCCCAGUUCCUCAAACAUUACCCUGACCUCCAUGACAGUGAGACAGAUGGACAGCAAGAAGAGAGGGAGGACCGCAGGAUGCUGAGGGAGCUGAAGACCUGGCUGGACCAGCUGGAACGGGAGCUGCUCCGGGCUCAGGGGGCCGAGGGCAGCUUGCCUGACAAGUACCAGGCGUUCAAAGGAUUCCGGGUGCAGUUCGAGAUGAAGAAGAAGCAGAUGGAGGGACUGCUGCAGCCCGUGCACAGGGAGGGGAGGCUGUCCUCCGACCAGGCGCUGGUCAAGCAGGCGUGCGAGCGGGUGUCCGCCAGGCUCUUAGACUGGCACAUCCACCUAGACAAGUCACUUCCUGGCGUGCUGGGUGUCAUUGGGGCCUGGCUUCACCGGGGGGAGAUGGCGCUCUUCGAGGAAAUUUCCAUUCAACAAGCCCAUGAGGAGACGGCCAACGUGAUCCACAGGAAGUUAGAGCAGCACAGGGAAGUGUUAAAAAGUCUGGAGGGACACAAGCCCGCCUUCCAGCAGAUUCACAAGGAUCGCUCGGUCAAUGGGGUCCCUGUACCUCCCGAACAACUUCAUGACAUGGCUGAGAGAUACAACUACGUGUGCACGUCGUUCCAAGUCCAUAUGAUGAAACUGGACUUCUGGGAGAUGAAGUAUCGCUUGAUGGCGUUUCUGAUACUGGCCGAGGCCAAGCUGAAGUCCUGGAUCAUCAAAUACGGCCGAAGAGAGUCGGUUGAGCUCCUGCUACAGAAUUACAUAUCGUUCAUCGAGGGACAGAAGUUCUUCGAGCAGUAUGAGACAACCUUCCACAUUCUGAAGCAGGCAGCUGAGGUCUACCUCAAAUCUGAUUGCUCAGCGGAAGAGUGCGAGGAAGUGAGCAAGUUCCUGAAUGACGCCACGGCGCAGUGGAAAAACCUUUCGGUGGAGGUGCGGAGCGUGCGCAGCAUGCUGGAGGAGGUCAUCUCCAACUGGGAGAAGUACAGCAGCACCGUGGCCAGCUUACAGGCCUGGCUGGAAGACGCGGAGCAGAUGCUGAACCAGCCCGAGAGCGCCAAGCGGGAGUUUUUCCGGAAUCUUCCACACUGGAUUCAGCAGCACAUGGCCAUGAACGACGCUGGGAACUUUCUCAUCGAGACCUGCGACGAAACCGUCUCCCGGGACCUGAAGCAACAGCUGCUGCUUCUCAACGGCAGAUGGAGGGAACUCUUUGUUAAAGUCAAACAAUACGCACGGGCGGAUGAGGUGGACAAGAUGCGAAAGGACUACCAGGAUGGAAUCUCUGCCCUGAAAGCCUUUGUGGAUGCAGCAAAUGAAAAAAUAAAUGCCUCUGUACAAGUGUCCUUCUUGAACAUCCGGUCUUUCGUUCAAGAUAUCGAGGACAUCAAGCAAAAAAUCCCCACUAUGGAGGCACAGUACAAGAUGGUUACGCGAAAUACCCAGUUGCUGACCAAGGACACUUCCCAGGAAGAAGUCACGCAGAUGCUGAGCGUCAUGGCAACCAUCAAGGAACAGCUCUGCAAGAUCAGGGAGAGGUGUCUUCCUUUGCUGCGUGAGUCCCAGUCGCUGCUCCCCCUUCUGGAGGAGAACGAGAAGCAGAUCACCAGCUUCUAUCAGUCCCUGGAGAAGGCCUGUCGGCUGCUGUCCAACCACGAUCCCGAGUCUCCGGUCGACUUUAAGCAGAAAUGUCAGGAGCUGCUCUCCCUGCAGCAGAACUGUAAAAAGUGCUUGUCUAUGAUCGAGAGGAACCAUCAGUCUGUCCAGAGGGCUCUGUGCAACAGCAGGACUCUGCAGAACCUGGAUAAGUCCCUUCUGCAGAAACGUGUGGUGGAGCUACAAGCCUCUUUGCAGGCCAUGGCGAAGGAGUCAGCAGACUGGAGGAGACACGUAGAGGCUAACAGUAGCCUCAUGAAGAGGUUUGAAGAGUCUCGUGUCGAGUUGGAGAAGGUACUUAAGGGCGCCCAGGCUUCCCUGAAGGAGAAGGGGAACCCAGAGGAGCUGCUCAAGACGCACACUGAGUUUUUUGGCCAACUUGACCAGCGGGUCCUCAACACAUUCCUAAAGGCGUGCGAUGAGCUCACAGAUAUUCUGCCUGACCAGGAGCAGCACAGUCUGCAGGACACGGUCAGGAAGCUCCAUAAGCAAUGGAAGGACCUCCAGGUGGAGGCGCCAUGUCACCUGCUGCGCUUAAAAGCGGAAGUGGAGCAAAGUCGUUUGAUGACGUCUUUACAGGAGUGCCAGGAAGAGCUGGCUCGGGAAGACCAGUGUCUUCCCAGCAUGGGCAGUGAGAGACUCAUCAAGGAGCAUCGGGCCUUUUUCAGAGAUAGUGGGCCCCAUCUGCUCUGCGAGAAGAGACUGCAGCACAUUGACGAACUAUCCCAGAAGCUUCCGAAGAGUGACUCCGCCCACCGAACCCUGGAGAGCGCCAGGGCCGCCUUUGACGAGGUCAUGGUCCAGAUCAGCAGGACCCAGCAGAAACUCCUGGAGCACCCUGACAAGUGGAAGGAGUUCAACUCCAGGUUUUCCCAGCUCUCGUCAUGGGUCUCGUCUAAGGAAAGCCGGCUACGGCUGCUCCGGAAUGACGCCAGCAGUCCCGGAAAGUUCGGGCAGGUGAAAUCCACGAUUCAGGAGCUUCGACAUGAAGCGGAGAACCAGGAGGGGAAUCUUAGUUGGCUCAAGACUCGCCUGGCCGCCCUGGUAGAGGUCUGUGCCGAGAGCGAGGCCAAGAAACAGGCUGCUGCUCUCAGCCAGCUGUCCUCUGACUUCAAGGGCCUCCUCUCUUCAUUGACUGAGUCUGAGAAGGUGGUGUCGGCAGUGGAGGACUGUGUGCAGUUCCAGGAGGAGGUACGGGGUUCUCUGGGAGAGCUGCUGCAGGCUCAGCAAGAGGCACAGGCGGAGGCCUGUAAAAUCCUGGACUCGGAGAGUGUGAGAGAGGCCCAGCAUUUGCUCCUCAUACAUCAGCAACAGCUGAAACGUCUGCGGGGGAAGAGGAGAGACAUGCUGCAGCAGAUCCUACGUGGCCAGCAGCUACAGGGGGAGCGGGGGCUGAGCCCCUCCCUGCAGCCAGACCUGCAGAAGCUGGAGGCCACGCUCAGCACCAUGGACCAUACCAUAGAGGCACAGGAGCACAAUCUGCAGGUGACACUGGACGCGUGGCAGGAAUUUGAAGACCAGCGCAGGGGGGUCAUAGACUUUGUGAACAAGGCCUGUCCCAUUCUGGACAGGGAACCCAUAUUCAGCAGCACAGAGAGCUUGUCAACAGAGCUGGAACAGUCUAGGGAGCUGUCCAAACUGUGUGGGAUGCAGGCCGCACUGGUACACACCCUCCUGAAGAGGGCAGCAGAGAUCCAGCUUGGCCCAAACAACCUAUCCCUACUUCAGCAGCAAGCCCGCUCUGCCAGUGAGCAAGUGGACCGUGUGGAAACUGGGCUCAAGAAAGAUGUUAAACACCUGGAGGGAAUGAAAUCCAGGUGGGAGGAAUUCCUUAACACGUUCGAGGCAUUUUCCACAUGGAUUUCACAAAAAGAGAGGGUACUGGACACUCUGACCACGUCUUCCGCGUCACUCAAGCAACAGAUCGACACUGUGAAGUCCGUGCACAUAGAGCUGAAGCAAAGAAGUGAAACAUUGCCCUGGCUGGAGGCGGAGUCUCAGGCACUUGGGGGUUUCGUGUCAUCGGGGGAGGCAGCUCGCAUCAAGGCUCGGCUGACUCAAGCCGGCAGAUACUGGGAGGAGCUAGGGGAGAGUGUGGAGCAGCUGAUUGGCCGGCUGGAGGAGAGCUCCGCCCACCUUCAGAGGUUCAGUACCAAUCUGGAGCAGGUGAAGUCUUCCAUUGGUGAGCUGAGUGAAAAAAUGGACCAUCCUAUCAAAUGUUGUACUUCCUCAUCUGAGACCUACAAAACGCUUCAGGAACAUAUGGACAUGACCCAGGCCCUGGAACAGCUGAAGGGUACCAUGCUAUCGCUGUCCGCCACAGCGAGCAGGCUCAGCGAGCGGGAUCGGGCCGAGGGGGAUGUGGCUGCUCUCCAGCAGGCCUACGAACAGGCCCUCCAGCAAGCCAAGGAGAAGCAGGGCCGCCUGGAAGGCCUUCUCUCUCUCUGGCAAAAGUUUGAGAAAGAGUUCUCCAGCUUCCUGUCCUGGCUGGAUGGAUGCGAGACUCUCUGUAGCUCAGAGUCCCAGUGCCUUCCUGCAGAUACAGCCAAGCUUCAAAGCGAGCUUCUGCACUUGAAGGAUCUGCAGUGUGAAGUUUUGUCCCAUGAGGCAAUUUAUGACAUCCUGUUGAGCCUGGGCGAAUCCCUGUACCCUACUGCACCGGAGGAGAGAGUGAAGGAGCUGGCAGAGGACCUGGACCAUUUGGGGAACAGAAUGAGGUCACAGAAGAAGGCUUUACCUCAAAGGAUUCAACAGCUGCAGGUCCACAUGGACCAAGUGGAGCAGUUUGACCAAGCUCUGUUGGCCUUCUCCCAAUGGAGCGAGAACUUCCUCACUGGCCUCUAUUCCGAGUGCCAGGUCUGCAUCACAGACCUACAGCCAGCUGCCACUCUGGUAAAGGAAAGGGCAGCCUCUCUACAGAGACAGGCCAGUGAGAUGAAGGAGCUACAGAAGUUUGUGGACACCCUCUCCUUGUCCUGUGAACCUGGUGACCUACAGUUGCUUCAGGGUCGCCUGGAAGACUGCUUCCAGCCCUUCCUGGAGGCCCAGCAACUGAUGGGCCACCGGCGUGACGGCCUGGAGAAGCUGGAGGCUUUCCUGCAGACCCAAAGUGUGGCUGCCAACGUGCUACUCGGGCUGAGGCAGACAGUAGAAAGUGCCGGAGCCUGGGACCAGGGCAAGGUCCACGAGCUGCAGCAGGAGCUGAAGGCCAUUGUUCCCGACAUCGGGCGCCUGGAGGCGCUAGCAGUCAGCCUGGACGGGAGCCUCUGCAAAGCCCGCUACCACCUCUGCCGGGAGGAGCAACGGACCUCCUGCCGUGUGCUGGCGGACACCCUCAGCUUGGAGCUGGAAGCUGUGCAGAACCUCCUGGGCACCAAGCAGAGUGAGGCCGAGGCUCUGAGCGCGCUCUGGGCUACCUUCAGGCAGCGUAAGGAGCAGCUGCUGAAAAGUGUGGAGGACAUUGAGGAAAAGGCUGACCACCAGGUUCUGGGAGAACCAAGCCUGCUGGCCCUGCAGCAGAGGUUGCGCUUUUUCAACCAGCUGGAAAACGAGCUGCUGUCCCAUAAGCAUGAGGAGCAGUGGUUGAGGGAAAAGGGUCGGCAGCUGGCCCAGAGGGACUCCGAGCUGGCGGUGGAGGCCCAGAGGGACAUCGGUCUCCUGGAGGCUACCUGGGAGGCCACCCAGAGGCUCAUUGCAGAUGGCCAGGAGCAGUGUACCGCCAUGGUGGACCUCACAAGGGAUUUCCAGAACAUGAGGUCGUCUAUUAGCGCUAUCCUGGACAACGCGGAGAGCGUGGCUGAGAUGAAGGUUGCUGUCAAGGACCAAGAUGACAUCAGAAGAGCCCUAUCCCGGCACGAUGCAGUGAAGACGGAGAUGACGAACAACCAGGAAGGGCUGGACCAGUUCACCGGCACGGGAAAGCGGCUGCUGAACGAACUCAAGAAGAUCCCUGAGUGUGAGACGCAGCUGGUGAAGAAGGACAUGGACGCCAUUGUGGACCAGUGGCUGGACCUGUCAGAAAGGAUUGAAGACAACAUUGAUCGACUCAACCAUAGCUUGAUGCUGUGGGAGGAAGUAUUGAAGAUCAACGAGGAGUUAGAUGGCUGGGCCCACAGCUCUGUGGCUGAGCUCAGCGAGAGCCUGAAUGACCUUAACAACAGCCGAAGGAUGGAGGGACGGCUCACCGAGUUUCAGGCUGAGGUGGAGAAGAAUGAAGAGAAGCUUAAAGUUCUGCAGGGAAAAGUGUUGGAGCUUAAACAGCUAAUGAAGAGCCAGGAGACCCCAACAGAACUACAGGUCAUGGACACUGACCUGAAGAAGAAGAUUAUCCAGGCCCAAGAGGUAUCUGAAGAGGUGAGAACUACUCUCAGCGACUUCCGCUUCCAGAAGCAGCAGCUGGAAGACUUUGUGUCCCAGAUGGCAGAGUGGCUGAAGAAUGUAGAGCACUCGCUGUCAACAUCGCAACAAGGGGCAAAGACAGAGGACAUCUGUAAAGUAAAGGAGGUGCAGAAGGAGUUGCUGAACCAGCAGGGCAGCAUCGACUCCACGCGGGAGAACCUCAACAACCUCUGCAGGAAGUACCCCUCGGAGGAGCUGGCCAAGCUGGGAGCCACGCUGACUGAGCUCAUCAAAAAGUACAAAGCUGUCCAGCAGCUCUCCAACAAAGCCCUGGGCUCCCUGCAGAACAGCCUGCAGCUACACUUCAGUGACCUAGUUCAGGAAUUCCACGAGUGGCUCUCCAACCUGGACUAUGGUGUGAGGGAAUGUUCUGAUCAGUCUGGAGACUCCAGCACCAUCGAGAACAAGCUACGGAAGCUCAAGGUGGCGCUUGAGCAUGAGGAAGAGGGCAAAGCCCGUAUGACGAGGGUGUGCGAGGAGGGCGAGAAGCUCCUGUUGCACCUCCCCAAGGCCAGCGUGGGGCAGGUGCAGCAGCACCUCUCCUCCAGCCAGCGGGACUGGGACGGCUUCAUGGAGCGGUGCCGGCAGAACCAGCAGCUGCUGGAGGAGGCUGCCGCCCAGCUGAGCGGGUUCGACACCCAGGUGAAGAAGAUGAGGAGGUGGUUGGAGCAGAUGGAGCAGGAGCUGAGCGCGGAGGUGCAGGGGGUGAAGCCACAGAGCGUCACCGAGAGGACGGCGGAGCUGCAGCGCAUGGAGCAGUUCCACAAAGGACUGCUGAAGGAGAGGGACUCCUUCGAGCUCCUGUCACAGGAGUCCCAUGGCCUGAGCGAGUCGGGCAGGGGUGACGGCGGUGAGAUGCGUGCGGCUGCACAGCUGCAAGCAGCCUACCAGGCUCUGCUGAGGCGCGCUGGGGAGCGACUGCGCAGCUGUCAGCUGACGCUGCAGGAACACCAGGCCUUCGAGGAGACGCUGCAGAGUACCUGGACCUGGCUGAAGGGUGUACAGGGUCGCCUGGGUUCGCUGAACACCACCAUUGGAUGCAAGGAGACCCUGGAGAAGAGGCUGGGCCUUGUGCAGGAUAUCUUACUGAUGAAGGGCGAGGGCGAGGUGAAGCUGAACAUGGCCAUUGGCAAGGGGGAGCAGGCCAUGAAGAGCAGUGGAGAAGAAGGGAGGAAGAACAUCCAUUCCCAGCUGCAGGGCCUGAAGGAUGCCUGGGCUACCACUCUCAUGACCGCUAUGAGCUGCCACAGCCGCCUGGAGUGGACCGUGGCCCAGUGGAGCGGCUUCCAGGAGGCCCAGAGCCAGCUGCUACAGUGGAUGGAGUCGGUGGAGCAGGACGUGGGAGCCCUCCUGCCCCUGCAGCCGGGGCCCAAGGAGAAGGCCUCGCAGCUGGAGCGGUGCCGCACUACACUGGCCGAGGUGGAGAGCCAGGCGUCGGCGCUGGCACGCCUGAAGGAGAAGGCCAUCGAGCUGCACAAGAAGACCGGGGACCAGGGUUUCGGGGAGCAGUCGAGAUCGGCGCUCAGCAUGCGGUUUGCUGACAUCACUGGUACUGUUAAGGGACGGGUGAAGGCGAUGGAGGACCUCGUGGAGGAGCACAGGCGCUACCUGGAGGCGGUGCGGGAGCUCAAUGAUUGGCUGACCUCUGCCAAGGAGGAGCUCCAGCGCUGGUCCGACACCUCGGGGGACUCUGGGAUGCUGCAAAAGAAACUCGGAAAAGUGCAGGAGCUAAUUGACUCGCGGCCCCGGGGCAGGGAGCGACUGACCCGCGCCGAGCAGCGUGGGGCAACUGCACGGGAGCACACGGCGCCGGCGGGCCGCGAGCUGAUGGCCCGGGAAGAGCGCGCCCUGCUGGCCGCCUGGGAGCAGUGGGACAGUGACGCGCUGCGGGCCCGCGCCUGCCUAGAGGGCGCUCUCGCGCAGGCCUCCAGGUCCGAGCAGGAGUUCAGCCGGCUGGCUGCGCAGCUGGAGCAGGAUCUCUGCGAGAUGAGCAGCCAGAUCCAGGCCUGGAGGCAGAAGCUGAGUCAGGCUGAAAGGGAGGAGGACGUAGUGAAAGGCUGGCAGGUCGCUAAGGACACCCUGGAGGGUUUGCAGGAGAUGGAGCCCAUGCUGGACAGCUUGAAGUUACGGUUAAACGAUCUCUGCCGCUUCUCCAGAGACCUGGGCUCUCAGCUAGAGAGAGUGUCUGCUCUAAUUAAGGAGUACAACAGUCUGAGCCUCCAGGCUUCCCAAGAGUGCCAGAAUAAGGAGAAGCUUCUGGAGCAGAGGUUCCGCUCCACUUUGAAAGACUUCCAGCAGUGGCAGGUCAAUGCCAAGAUCAACACUGCCAAGUGCUUCGACGUGCCCCAGAACAUCCUCGAGGUCUCUACUGCCCUGCAGAAGAUCCAGGAGUUCCUGAGUGAGAGGGAACAGGGCCAAACAAAGCUCAGUGCGGUGGCCUUCAGUGGAGAGCAGCUCAGCAGCAUCAUAGCCAGAGACAGAGUGGAAACAGUCCGAGCCAAAGUGACCAGUGCCAGAAAAGACUGGAAGGCGCUGAUGUCCAACUUGCAUCAAAGGGAAACAGCCUUACAGGACCUGCAGGCUCAGAUGAAGGACUUUGAGGCGAGCGCGGAGCCCCUGCAGGAGUGGCUGAACGUGACGGAGGCAGCAGUGCAAGACAGCAGCACGUGCUUGCAGGACCUGCCCUCUAAGAAGCAGGAGUUGCAGCGGCUUCAGGCUAUCAUUGAAGAAUUGGCUUCUCAGGAGUUGCAGCUGAACAAACUGAAAGAGAAAGCUCACCUGCUGUGGGAGGGGCAUGCCGCGGGGAAAGGCUUCAUGCACCGAGUGUCCCAGCUAUCCGCCCAGUACCUGACAUUAAGCAACUUGACCAAGGAGAAGGUUUCCCGCAUGGACAGGCUCGUCUCGGAGCACCAGCUGUUCUCACAGGGCCUUAAGGAGCUGCAGAACUGGGUGGCCGACACCGACCACCUGCUCUGCAGCUACUGCACGCCGACUGCGGACAAGAGCGUGCUGGAUAGUAGGAGGGCCAAGCUGGAGGCCUUGCUCAUGGCUUGGCAGGAGAUGGAGAUUCAGCUGAAGAUGCUGAUUGGCCGGGGUGAGUCGGUGCAGAAGAACACCUCCCCCGCGGGGAUCCCCGCGCUCUGCAAGCAAGUCCAGGACCUCAAGGACUCCUGGGCCUCCCUGCUCUCUGCCUCCAUCCAGUGCAAGAGUCAGCUAGAGGGCGCCCUCUCCCAGUGGACCAGCUACCAGGAGGAUGUGCGUCAGUUUGUGGUCUGGAUGGAGCGAGUGGAGGAGAGCCUGCGUACCACAGACAAGCAGUACUCCGAGAUGAGGGACAAAACUGCCAACCUGGGAAAAGCCAAGCUACUUUACGAGGAGGUGAUGAGUCACGGGAGCCUCCUGGAGACCAUCGGCAAAAAGGGCUCCGGCAUGGCGGAGCACUACGUCACCAGGCUGGAGGUUCAGGAGCUGCAGGAUCAUUACGCUGCCAUCAAGGAGAAAUCCAAGACUGCAGUGACAAAGGCAGAGGAACUGGUUCUGGCCCACCAAGAAUACCAGCGAAGCCUGCAGGUGUUUGAAGAGUGGCUGGAACAGCAGCAGGAGACACUAGGUAGCUGUUCCCAGCUUGAGGGGGAUGUGGAGAACCUGGAGAGCACUUUGCAGAAGCUGCAGGAGCUACAGGUGCAGUGCACAGAAGGCCAGGCCUUGCUGAACAGAGUUUUGGAGAGCCGGAAGCAGGUAAUCCCCUGGGGGGUUCCCCAGACCGAAGACCGGGUUCUGGAGACCCAGCAACAGGAGUGGAAGGCAUACCAGGGCCGGCUCACGGACUCCAGGGCUGAGCUCAACAGCGCUCUCGCCAAGCUUAGGCAGAUAGAACAGAAGUUCCAGCACUUGGACAAGUGGCUGAAAGCCAUGGAGGGCAAAGGUCAACUACGCAGCGGCCGACGGUCCGACAGGGAGACCAAGGAGGCCCAAAUGCAGAUUCUCAAGGGCUGGCAGGAGGAGGCUCUGGUGUAUCAGGAGGAGGUGGAGGGGCUCAGCAUCCUGGCCCAACAGGUUCUGGAGGAGACGCAUGUCAGCAGCCGCGUCAGCACCCGAGCCGCUCAGCUCACCUCUCGCUACCACGCCCUGUUCCUCCACCUGGCCGACACCAUCAAGCAGCUGGAGGAGGAGACGUGCAGUAUCGAGGAGGCCAGUAACGUCCUGAGGACCUUCUCUGACUGGCUCAGUACAGCGCAGGAGAACUUCACAAGCGUGGCUGUCAGCAUCGGCGUGGUGGACCGUGUUGCCAUGGAAAGAAAGAUGAAAAAACUGGAGGCCCUUCAGAGUGACAUGGAGCUGGGACACACCUACCUGAAGGCCACACGCGAGAAGACAGGGAGGGCCAUGGAGUUCCUGGAGGAGGGGGAGGCAGAACAGCUGCGUGCGGACGUGGAUGCCCAGUUGUCCAGGCUGGAGGGCCUGACAGGGAUGCUGCGGGCGGAACACGGGGCGCUGGAGAAGAGCCUUCAGCUGUCUAAGGAGUUCCUGGAUAAGUACAAGGGCCAGGCCCAGUGGCUGGAGGAGACGAAGGCCCUGCUGCACUCACCCGUGGAGCCCAAGAUCGAGCUCUAUGAGAAGAAGGCCCAGCUGGCCAAGUUCAAGACCAUCCAGCAGACCGUGGAGUCUCAUGAAUCAGCAGUCAGGUGUGUAAUUGAGAAGGGUGAAGCUCUUCUCGAGAGUGUCCAGGACCCGGCCAUUAGUGAGAAGAUGGAGAAGCUGCAGAUAGACUACCACAACCUAUGCAAUUCAGCCCAGGCCCAGGUGGAGAGUCUGGCUGGACGGGUGAAGGAACAUGAAGCCUAUAACAGCCAGCUGCAGGAGGUGGAGAAGUGGCUGCUGCAGAUGUCCAGCAGGCUGGUGAACUCUGACUCCAUGCAUUGCGGCAGCUUAGAGGAGGCAACUCAGCAACUGGCCAGACACAAGGCAAUAUUGGAGGAGAUCACAGGCUUUGAGGAGCGCUUGGAGAGUCUGAAGGACAGAGGCGAAGACCUGGUUGCCAGCUGCGUGGAGCAUCUUCAGUCCAAGGUCCAACAGCAGGUCCAGGCACACCAGCAGGGAACCCGAGACAGCUAUGCUGCCAUCUGCAGCACGUCCCAACGUGUGUACCAGAGUCUUGACCGAGAGCUACAGAAACACGUAAGUCAUCAGGACACACUGCAGCAGUGCCAGACGUGGCUCUGCACUGUCCAGAAGGAGCUACUACCAAAGACUCUACCCACUUUCAGCCUUCAGGAAGCUCUGAAGCAGGUGAAGCACUUUCGAGCCCUGCAGGAACAGGCUAGCACGUAUCUGGACUUGGUGUGUUCUGUGUGUGACCUGUCAGAUGAAAUGGUCAGACGGGCAGCAGCAGAAGUACAGCGGACCAAGCUAACGAUAGAGGAACGGAUGCUGAGCUGUCAGGACCUGGCAGACGGUUGGAGGGACAUCAAAGAGCAGAAAGCUGAGCUAUCUGCUCACUUUCAAGACCUGGAUCAACAGUUGCAGGGUUUCAGUCGAAGACCUGCAGAGCUGGAGAUGAAGAUUGCUCAGAACAUGCUGACCCAGGCAAAGGAAUUUAGCCAGCAGGUGCAGGCUAAGCAAAGCACCCUCACCCAUAUGAUAGAGAGUGUUAACAGGCUAACGGAAGGCCAGGACUCCUCAGAGCACGCUGAGAUCGGGCACCUUAACAACACAUGGAGGGAGCUUUGCCAGCAGACCAACCAGAUGCUCAACCAGAUAGAGGAGGAUCUACAGCGGAUGAGGGACUAUCACGACUGCGUCAGCGACGUAGAAGUAUUGUUUGACCGGGUAUCCAGAGAGUGGGACAAUCUCGCCAGAACGGAUGCAGAGAGCUCUUCUGAACACUUGGAAGCGCUGAAGAACCUCGCGGCCAUCCUUGAAGACCAGAAAGGAACCCUCAACGACCUGAAAGAGCACAAGCACAAAGUGAUUCAUCGUUUGAACCUGGAUGACAAAGAGCUGGUUAAGGAACAGAUCGGCCACUUUGAGAACCGCUGGGCCCAACUUGAGAGUCUUAUAGCAAAGAAUAUUGAGGACUCUACACGCACUCUAAAAGACAUGAAUCAGGUGGAGUUUAAACUGAGAGAGGUCAGAGAAUGGGCGGAGGAGCAGCAUCCAGCACUGUCCGAGGCCAUGAAGAUGAGCCCCCCACCAGAAUUAGCUCAGAGCUUCCUUUUUGACCACCUCAGCAUCUGUAGUGAGUUGGAGGCUAAGCAGCUGCUCUUGGCUCAGGCACUGACAGAUGCAGACAGAGUGUUAGCCCACCUGGGUUUGUACGAAAGGCAGCAACUUCAGCAGCUAAUCUCAGAAACACAAGUUGAGAUGGAAUCCCUGAGCAUUAAGAUGAUCCAGAGGAGGAAGUACCUCAGCAAAGCUUUUACCGAACGAACGCAGUUCUUGUUGGCGGUGAAUCAAGCUAUUACUUGGGUUCAACAAAACGAGAAGAAGGCAUUCGCUGAUGAGUACACGGCACUUCUGCCCGAUGAUCUCAACAAACAACUCAGGAUGUGUAAAGGCAUUCAAAGUAGCUUGAAGGCUUAUCAGAGUGAGCUCACCUCUCUCUGGUCCCAAGGGAGGGAUUUGAUGAAAGAUGCCACAGAAGAUGAAAAGGCAGAAAUUUUGACAAAGUUGCAGGAGCUGCAGAACAUUUUUGAGACAGCUCUUCAGAAGUGCUGUCAGAAGGUACAGGAGCAAGAGAAACUGUUGGUAUCCAGGAAAUAUUUCAAGCUGGAUCUGGAAAGAACAUGUCAAUGGUUAAAACAAGCAGAUAUUAUUACUUUUCCGGAAAUCAAUUUAAUGAAUGGAGAUGCCGAGCUCUACUCACAGCUUACAAAGUAUGAGGACAUAUUAGAUCAAGCUAUGGAAUAUGAAAAUCUCCUUCUAAAUGUCCAAAGAUCUGGUCAGGAGAUACUGCCAACUCUCAAUGAAGUGGACCACUGUUACCUUGAUGAGAAGCUGAAUACUCUCCCACAGCAGUAUAACAGCAUUUUGGCCCUGGCAAGAGACAAGCAAGAAAAAAUUCAGCAGGCUAUUGUCGCGCGGAAGGAAUUUGCCACUUUUAUUGACAUAACAUACAAAGCAUUGAAAAGUAUUGAGGAGCAAUUCAACAAUUUAGGUAGGCAGCCAGUUGGCCUAAUGACUGAGGAGGUUAUUAGUUUGCAAAGUGAUUACAAAGAUCUUCUUGAAGAUCUGACUAAUUUGGGUCCAGAUAUUGUGGAUUUAAAUCAGAAGAAGGAAGCUUUUCGCAGUACUGGUCAACCAUGGCGACCCGAUGAAAUGAUCCUAAUUGUGAAUCUUUGCAACAGCCUGAAGAGGCAAAUUGAGCAAAAAAUCGAAUAUUUAGAUGAUACUCUGGAAUCAUUUGAGGACCACAAAGCUAUGGCUUUGCAACUUGACUCCGAGUUGAAGGCCACUAAGGAGCAGCUUGAUAAGGUUAAUGCAGAGACCCAGUCUGCUGAGGAGAGGCUCAAGAACUAUCAUGCCCUGGCUGGGAGUCUACAGGGAGCCACAUCUCACCUCAAGAGGCUCAUGGAACAGAUGGACAACUUUGCCCCUCAUGUAGACCAAGCUGCAAACCAGGUUGCCAAACAACAGGUGGUCUUAUGGCAAGAGGAGCUACAGUCUUUACAAUCAGCAGUGGCUGAGCUUAUUAUAGAAUGUGAGAACAGGUACGUCCAGAGUAAAGACUUUCAGACAGAGGUGAGAAGGACCCUUGAUUGGCUUCAGCAGGUCAGGGAUGACCUGGGCUGUCCCGUUAUUCUGGAUGUCAAAAUAGAGAGGGUGCAGGAAGAGAUCAGGAAACAACAGAUAGUACAGGAGGAGGUGCAGUCCAGGAUUAGGAUUGUGGCUGCUCUGAGCAGCAGGGAAAGACAGAAGUACACCAGUGCAAAUGAACUGGUCCCUGCCCAUGUGAGUACCAGCCUGGAGGAGAUGGCGAAGUUGGAAGCAGACGUUCAACUAGCUCUGAACACCAAACAGAUUACUCUUCAGCAAGCUCUUACCUUGUGUCAGAAGUACCACUCCAAAAUGCAGUACGCCUGCGAGUGGCUGGAGGACGCCGUCGCCUUCCUGCAGCAGGCUAGCCUGGGUGUGGACGUGGAAAACUACGAGGAGUGCCUCAGACAGCAGAGCUGCAUCAUGGCCAGCGAGCAGGACUUCCUUGGGAGCCUGCAGGAGCUCGAGACGCUGCCCCCUCAGCUGGAGAACCUUGUCAACUCCAGCACUAAGGAGCAGCUCAGGCUGAGUGUGGAGUCGGCACAGCAGAGAGGUGUGGAAGUUCGAGAUCAGCUGCAGUGCCACCAGGACGUCCUGCACAGUUGUGUAGCUCAAUGGAAAUCGUACCAGGAAUCAAGGCAGGCAGUGAUUGAGAUGAUGAAUGAGGCAGAGAAACAGCUCACAGAGUUUUCCACGGCCAAGGCAUCUACAUGUCACGAGGCAGAGGAUAAGCUAAGGAACCAUAAGGUCUUAGUGGAUUUGGUCAAUGGCUUCCAUGAGAAGUUGACAGACUUAGAAGAGCAGGCAUCCCAGUUGGAGAUGGUUGGUAGCGAUGGUAGCAAGGCCACCAUUAGCCGGUCCAUGACCAUGGUGUGGCAGCGUUGGACCCGGCUACGUGGCGUGGCAAGGGCACAGGAGAGGGUGCUGGAAGACACUGCACUCAACUGGAGAAGUUUUAGGGAGAGGAUGGAAAAGAUGGCAGCUGCUUUGGAGGACUUGCAGAAUCGGGCUCCGGAACAGUCUGUAGAAAAGGCCUCCAAGGCCACGCUACAAGCUCUGUUGGAAUACAAUGACUCCUUCAGCCAGGAAGUGGAGCACCAGCACUCUUCUCUCACCCUGCAGCGCCAAUAUGCCCUUAGUCUGUUCCGUGAUUUGGAGGUGCCCAUGCCUGCAGCCAGUCAAGACGACCUGCCUUGCCUACAGGAAAUUACAGCAAUGCAGGAGAGCUUUGAGAGGCUCCUGCAGCAGGUACGCGAUAGCCGAAGGCAAAUCAGACAAGAGCUGAAGGAGAGAGAGGAAGUGGAGAGGGAGCUUAGCCAAGUGAAAUUCUGGAUCCAGAAUACCCUGGAUCUCCUGCUCAGCUCAUCUAGAGACAUGGACACACUGCUGCCGGAGCUUGAGGUAGUACACACGGACCUGAUUUCCCAUCGUCAGAAAGUAGAGAAGAUCGCUGAGCAGCAACAGAAUAAGUACCUGGACCUGUACACGAUUUUGCCCUCUGAGAUCUCUAUGCAGCUGGCUGAGGUGACACUGGCUCUGGGGUCUAUUGAGGACCAGGUCCAUGCCAAAGAAAGAGAAAUUCAACAAACAAGGGACAUUCAAGAGGACUUCAGCUGUAGAAUCCAGGAUGUCUCUGAAAGGAUGAAUGUCAUCUCCAUGAAGCUGAAGGAGCGUGCUACUGAUGUGGAACUGGCCAAAGAGGACGCCAGGGGUCUGUAUGAAGACCUGGAGAUUUGUGGCCAGACCCUGUCCAAUCUGAAUGGUGCCAUCCAGCAAUUUGGAGAGCGGAACCCCCUUCUAUCCAGACACCUUUGUGAUGCCAUCAUGGAGUUGAGCGAGACUCACCAUCACACGAGACGACUGGCGGAGACGCGAAUCUCUCAGCUCAAGAACGCUGGCACACAUUUGGACGAGUUUAAUGAAAUGCUGGAGUGUAUUGUGAGGUGGACAGACAAAGGCAAGAAACUCAUGAAGAGCAGCAUCGUCUGGGCGUCGGCCUCUCAGCUUCAGGACCAGAUUAGGGUCUAUGAGAGUGUUCUCCGAGAAUCUUGGGAGCUCCAAGGAGACCUGGAUGCCAUGAAGGAGAAGACGGAGGUGCUGUCUGACGUGCUGCAGACGGAGGCCAUGGACCAGCAGGUGUCAGAGCUGAGUCGUGAAACUGAGGAGCUGCAGCAGAGCAUUAAAGCGCGGCUGCAAAGCCUCCAAGAUGCAGCCAAGGACAUGGAGCGAUUUGAGCGUGAGGUAAAGACGCUUCACGCAGCUCUUGAACAGGCCCAGGCGACGCUGACCUCUUCGAAAUUUGCCCGUAUGACCUUGAAGGAACAUCUGGCCCAGAGACAGCGCCUGUUGAGCGAGAUGGAGAACUUCAAGCAGCAGGUGCUUGCGGUGCAGGGGUGUCAGAGUGUGCUGCGUGUCCCAGAGGAAGUGGUCACCAGCCUGUCCAUCUGCCGCACUGCCGUGAGCCUCCAGCAGGAAGCCAGCCGGCUGCAGCACACUGCAAUUCAGCAGUGCAACAUCCUGCAGGAGGCCGUGGUGCAGUACGAGCAGUAUGAACAGGAGGUGAGGCACUUGCAGGGGCUGAUGGAGGAAGCCCACCGCGUCAUCCAGGACGAGCCCGUCUCCACCAGCAACAUCCAGGAACUUCAAGCGCAGAUACUCCACCAUGAAGAGCUGGCCCAGAGGAUCAGAGGCUACCAAGAGCAGAUAACAUCCCUCAAUUCCAAGUGCAAGAUGCUGACGAUGAAAGCAAAGCAUGCGACCAUGUUGCUCGCAGUUAACGAGACACCGGGGGAGAAACAAAGCGAUUCGGAUUCUGGAAGCCUCCGCAAAAGCUGUGACAGUGACGGUUCAGCUGUGACGAUGGGUUCUGCUGGCCAUCACCCGCUACUUUCUCCAGUGACAGAGGAGUCAGGGGAGGAGGGGACCAGCAGUGAGAUCUCCUCUCCAUCUGCUAGUUACCCUCCAUACAUUGGUGGCGCCUUUAACCAGACUGCGCUGCGGAGAGGCCAGCUCAUGAGGACGUCAGUCCAGGAGCUGUAUGACCCAACCCUAGAGUCGGUCGCUGUUCCUGACCUGGACGACCUGCAACGCUCAUGGGAGUCUCUGAAGAACGUGAUCAGUCAGAAACAGAGGACUCUGUAUGAAGCCCUGGAGAAGCAGCAGCGCUACCAGGAUGCUCUCCAGACCAUCUCUGCCAGGAUGGAGAGCGUGGAAGCCCGACUGUGUGAGGCUGUGGAGGCGCACCUGAGCCCCAAAAGACAAAUGGAGGAGCACAAGACCCAGAUGAGCACAAUACUUUCACUUCAAGCUGAGAUCGAAGGCCUGCAGGCUGGCUUCAGGGAUGCACUGGGCACGGAUGCAGUAGACGAGCUGGCGGCGCAGUCUAGCCUAUCAGUGCUCGCCGAGAGACUGACCACCAUCCGCACAAAGGCUUCUGGGAAACAAAAGCUUCUAGAGGAGCGCCUGAGUGAUCAGCUGGAGGAGCAGCGGCGCUUGCAGGCCCUGCAGUGUUGCCUCAGCGAUGUCGGCGAGCUGGAUCAGUGGCUCCGCAGCACCCGUGUGGCCUUCACCUCUGGCCCCCAGCCAGAACCAGGGACCGUGACUGGGGAGGUCCAGCUGGCUGCCUGCCAGGGGGCGCUGCUGCAGAUAGAGGAGAAGAAGGCGUCACUGGGGGAGCUAUCUGUGCGGAGCGAGACCUUGUUACAGGAGAGAGGGGGGCAGACUGGUGCAGGUGAAGAGGCUCAGGAGCUGGCUGUCAGCCUUCAAACACUCAACGCCAACCUGCUGGAGCUCCAGGGCCUCCUGCAGGACAAGCAGGAUGUCAUCAAGGGCUCUUUGGGGGGGACUGAGGAUGUUGAGUCGGACUCCUCCCCCUUGAAGGGCAACAGUGUACAGGAUUGGCUGGUUCAAGCUCGCACCACGCGCUCACUGCAGUACCAGGACAGCAUCCAGAGGCAGAAGGAACUGGAAGAACAGCUGGAGGAGCAAAAGAAGCUGCUGCAGUCAGUGGCCACUCGAGGGGAGGAGCUUCUGACACAAAAGACCACACCCACCAGUGAUAGGAUGAUGGAGAUGGUAGGACUGGAGAUGGACCUGGAGGGAGAGAGGCAGGUCAGUGUGGACCUGAUGAGGCAGAAGUGGGAGAGUCUAAGCAAGCAUUUCAGCACCAAGCUGCAGCUCCUACAGAAGACGCUGAGACAGGACCACAAGGAACCGGUUUACACCAGACAUACCAGAGUAACAACUUCCGGAGCGUCGUUCAAGGGAGAGACACAAGUUCAAGACCAGUCCUCGCUGAAGUUGUUAUUUGAAGAAGUCAGUAAUGCAUUUGAAGAUGUGUCUCUUCAGCCUGCCAGUGUAGCCAAUCAUGACCAUCCUGUGGAGCAACAGCUCUACUCUGCUGUUUCGGUCACGUGCUCCUGGCUGGAUGGAGUGGAAAGCAGUCUGUUCUCCAGUCCUGUUCUUCUCUCUGAAGAUGCAGAGACUCAGCUCUUUAACCAGGAGGCUCUGGAGUUAGACUUGAAUGAAAUCACAGAAAAAGUGGGCAGUUGCGUGCAACUUGUGGUGAGCUCCAAAGGGCAGUCUGAUGAAAGCCAGGAAUUGAUGGAGGAAACACUAGAUUCUCUGAUGGUGAGGCUGAAGACUUUGGAUUCUGUAGUCGUCCAGCGUUGUGAUGAUAUGAGAACCAGAUUACAGGAGCUCACUGCAUACCAGACAGAGCUGAAGCUGCUUUUCAAAGCUCUCACUGAGCACAAGUAUCAGAUCCUCCAUGAACUAGCAGAGGUGCUCGACCAGCCAGCCUCCAGACAGGUGGAGGCUAUAGCCAGGGCAGAGGAGAACUUGAGGGAGUUUGAGCAGAAAAUCACAGAGCUGAAAUCCAGAGGGGAUAGGCUACAGCCCAACCAGUUCUCUUCACAGGAGCUGCUAAAGCUGCAGGAUGCUUAUGAAGAGCUGGUCUUGAUCGUGGGAUCACGGCGCAGUGGACUCAACCAGAACCUGGCUCUAAAGGGUCAGUAUGAGCAAGCCCUUCAAGAUCUGACAGACUUGGUGGACACAGCUCAGGACAAGAUGGCUGCCGACCAGAAAAUAAUCGCAAACUCUGUAGAGGAAGUGGAAAGCCUGCUGGACAAGCAUAAAGAGUUUUUCCGGGGGCUGGAGUCUCACAUGAUCCUGACGGAGACGUUCUUCAGGAAAAUCAGCAGCUUUGUCCUCCCUGCUGAGAAACAAGUUCUGGAAGACACUCUGGCUAGUUCUCAAGGCCUCCUGAAGCGAGCCCACAAAAGAGGAGUCGAACUGGAAUAUGUCCUGGAGACAUGGAGCCACCUGGAAAAAGACUAUCAAGGUCUCCAUCAACAGCUGGAGGCGGUAGAGUGCAGGAUUCCUGCUGCAUGUCUUGUGGAAGAGACAGAAGAGAGACUGGCUGAGAGGAUUGAGCUCUACCAGUGUCUAAAAGCAACCCUGACGGAACACCAGCACAGACUCUGCCAGGUACUAGAAGAUGGGAAGCGGUUACUGCUGAGCGUGUGCUGCCUGAACCUGGAAGUGAAACUCACCCAGCUCGGGGAGCACUGGCUCAGCCAUUCCACCAAGGUCAACAAGGAGCUGAAUCACCUGGAUGCCGUCCUGAAGCACUGCGUCCGGUACCGGAGUGAGUCAUCAGAGCUAAACCAGUGGCUGCGAUCAGCUCUAGAACGCUUGGAGUUUUGGGCAUCUCAGUCUGCAAGUGUCCCUCAGGAUCUGAAGGACCAUCUGCCGGCAUUCUUGGAGUUCUCCAAGGAAGUAGAGGCUAAGUCCUCCCUGAAGACUUCCGUGCUGAACGAAGGUGGCCAGCUGUUGCGGUUGAAGAAGACCGACAUCACGGGCCUACGUGCGGAGCUGGUCCAGGUGGAGGCGCAGUGGGCUGAGCUGCUCACGCGCAUCCCUGUGGUGCAAGAGAAACUCCACCAGUUGCAAAUGGAGAAGCUGGCAUCUCAGCAUACCAUCAUGGAGCUGAUGGGUUGGAUCACUUUGAUGGAAAGAGUGAUCCAGGAAGAUGAUGAGAAAAUCGUGGGUAUGGCUGGAUCAGAGGCCGUCCAAAAAUACCUACAGAAAUACAUGUGCAUCAAGAUUGACGUGAACUGCAAGCAGCUGACGGUGGACUUUGUGAACCAAUCAGUGUUACAGACGGGCAGUCAGGACGUGGAACACAAGCGCGGUGACAGGACUGACUUUGCAGAGAAAUUGGGGACGAUGAAUCAUCGGUGGCAGAUUCUGCAAGGUCACAUCAGUGAGAAGAUCGAGCUGUUGGAAGCUUUGCAUGCAUCUUGGCUGGAAUACGAAGGAACCGUGGAGAACCUUAAGACUUGGUUUGCAGCUCAGGAGGAGAGGCUGAAGAAGAAGCACAUAAUUGAAGACUUGGCUUCAGUGCAGAAUGCUCUCAAAGACUGCCAAGAAAUGGAAGAGAUAGUGAAAGAGAAGGAGAAGGAACUGGAGAAUAUAGAGGAGAAAGGUUGUGCUCUAAUCCAUAAAAAGAACGAGGAAGUCUGCAGUGUUGUCAUGGAUACCCUCCAAGGUCUAAAUCAUUCAUGGGCCAAUCUGGACCAUCUGAUCGGGCAACUGAAACUGAGUUUGAAGUCUGUCCUGGAACAAUGGAAUGUGUAUAAGACCGCUUCGGAGGAGAUCAACAGCUACUUGAUGGAGGGAAAGUACUCUGUGUCUCGAUUCCGCCUUCUCACCGGCUCCCUGGAAGCCGUCAGUGUCCAGGUGGAGAAUCUUCAGAAUCUACAGGCAGAGCUAGAGAGGAGGGAGGGCAUCCUCACGAGGUUUGGGGCCGUGACCCACCAGCUCCUGAAAGAAUGCCAGCCGUCAGUGGCCAACACGCUCAACAGCGCCCUCAAAGACGUCAACGCCAGGUGGACCGAGCUUCAGGGCGAGAUCACCGAGCAGCUUAACAUCAGCAAAGGGCUCCUGCUGCUAUGGCGACGGUACCAGGAGCUGUACGAGCAGAGCGCCGACAGCGUGCAGCGGCUGGAGGAGUCUGCCGACCGGCUGCUCACGCCCGCCACCAGCAAGGACGUCGCCGACGAGGAGGUGUCCGGCUGGAUCCAGGACUGCAACGAGCUGUUGCAGGCCCAGAAGACCGUCCAGGGUUCCCUGCAGGUCCUGCAUGAAUUGGGGGAGCAGCUGAAACAACAGGUGGACAACUCAGCCACGGCGGCCAUCCAGUCGGACCGGCUGUCCCUCACUCAGCGCUUGGCGGCGAUGGAGCAGGGCCUCAGCAGACAGCAGGCCGUCCUGAAGGCGGGAGUCCAGGACUACAAAAGCUUCAGCCACCAGCUGGACUCCUUGGAGAGCUGGAUCGCAGAAGCUGAGGCCGUUCUGAAGGAAGCGGACCCAAACCGCACCCCCGAGAUAUCCACCGUCCAGGACCGCAUGGAAGAGCUCAAGGGUCAGAUGCUGAAGUUCAGCAGCAUGGCUCCUGACCUGGAGAGGCUCAGUGAGCUGGGAUACAGGCUGCCCCUCAACGACAAGGAGAUUAAACGCAUGCAGACCCUGAACAGGAGCUGGUCCAUCUCCUCGGUCCAGACCACUGAGAGAUUCAGCAAGCUGCAAGCUUUCCUGCUGCAGCACCAGACCUUCCUGGAGAAGUGUGAAACAUGGAUGGAGUUCCUGGUGCAGACAGAGGAGAAGCUGGCCGUGGAGAUAUCUGGCAACUACCAGAGCCUGGUGGAGCAGCAGAGGGCCCAUGAGCUCUUCCAGGCAGAGAUGUUCAGCCGCCAGCAGGUUCUCCACUCCAUCAUCAGUGACGGACAGCAGCUUCUGGAGCAGGGCCAGGUGGAUGACAGGGACGAGUUCAACCUGAAGUUGGCGCUGUUGAGUAACCAGUGGCAGGGCGUGGUGCGGAGGGCCCAGCAGCGUAGGGGCAUCAUCGACAGCCUGAUCCGCCAGUGGCAGUGCUACAGGGACAUGGCGGAGAAGCUGCGGAAGUGGCUGCUGGAGGCGGCGCGGCAGGCCGAGGUGCCCCGGGAGGGAUCGCCGGUGCCGCUGCAGCAAGCCCGCGCCAUUCUGGAUGGGAUCCUGAUGAAGGAGAAGGUCCUGCAGAGGCAGCAGGGCAGCUACAUCCUGACGGUGGAGGCCGGCCGGCAGCUGCUGCUCUCGGCCGACAGCGGGGCCGAAGUCGCCCUGCAGGCGGAGCUCACGGAGAUCCAGGAGCGCUGGAGGCGCACCAGCUCCCGGCUGGAGGAGCAGAAGAAGGAGCUGGCAGCCCUGCUGAAGGACUGGGACGUCUGUGAGCGGGGCAUUGGCGGCUCUCUGGAGAAGCUGCGCACCUUCAAGCGCAACCUGUCGAAGCCCCUUCCCAGCCUCCAUGAGGAGCUGCGCUCAGAGCAGAGCCGCUGCAAGGACUUGGAGAACACCCUCAAUGGCUGGAAGGAAGACAUGGCCCAGCUGACUGAGCUGCGGGAGUCACUCUCCAGCUACAUCAGCGCCGACGACCUGUCCGUGUUGCAGGAGCGCAUCGAGCUGCUGCAGCGGCAGUGGGGGGAGGUCUGCUACCAGUUGUCCAUGCGUAGGCAGCAGGUGAGCGAGAAGCUGAACGAGUGGGCCGUCUUCAGCAAGAAGAACCGCGAGCUGUGUGACUGGCUCACCCAGAUGGAGAGCAAGGUCUCGCAAACCGGAGACAUCAGCAUCGAGGAGAUGACGGAGAAGCUGCGGAAGGAUUACCAGGAGGAGAUCGCCGCGGCUGGGGAGAACAAGCUGCACCUCCUGCAGAUGGGCGAGCGGUUGGCCGCGCUCAGCCCCGAGGGCAAGGCCUCUGAGAUCACGACCAAGCUGAGACGGAUCUGUGAUCGCUGGCAGAACCUGCUGGACCUCAUCGGGGCCAGGGUGAAAAAGCUGCGGGAGACUCUGGUGGCCGUGCAGCAGCUGGACAAGAACAUGAACAGCCUGCGCUGCUGGCUGGCGCACAUGGAGACGGAGCUGGCCCACCCCAUCGUCUACGACGCCUGCACGUCCACCGAGAUCCAGAAGAAGCUGGACCAUCAGCAGGAGCUCCAGCGGGACGUCGAGAAGCACAGCACAGGCGUGGCCUCAGUGUUGAACCUGUGCGAGGUGCUGCUGCACGACUGCGAUGCCUGUGCCACCGAGGCAGAGUGCGAGUCCAUACAGCAGGCCACGCGCAACCUGGACCGCCGCUGGCGAGGCAUCUGCGCCACCUCCAUGGAGAGGAGGCUCCGAAUCGAGGAGACGGGACGGCUGUGGCAGAAGUUCUUGGAGGACUUUGCGCGUUUUGAAAGCUGGCUGAAGGCCUCGGAGAAGACGGCCGCCCUGCCCAAUUCCUCCGGGGUCCUCUACACCGCGGCCAAGGAGGAGCUUCUGAAGUAUGAGACCUUUCAGCGGCAUAUCCAUGAAAACCUUGCCCAACUGGAGCUGAUCAACAAGCAGUACCGCCGGCUGGCGCGGGAGAACCGCACCGACUCGUCCUGCCGCCUGCGUGAGUUGGUGCACGAGGGGAACCGACGCUGGGACGAGCUGCAGAAGAGGGUGGCAUCCAUCCUGCGCCGACUCCGGCAUUUUAUUAGUCAGAGGGAGGAGUUUGAAGCAGCCAGGGACGGCAUUUUGGUUUGGCUCACUGAGAUGGACCUUCAGCUGACCAACGUGGAGCACUUCUCUGAGUGUGACACACAGGCCAAGAUCAAGCAGCUGAGGGCAUUUCAGCAGGAGAUCUCCAUGAACACUGGCAAGACAGAGCGCAUCUUCCGCCAGGGGGAGGCGCUCAUCGAGAAGAGCGAGCCCCUGGAUGCGACGGUCAUCGAGGAGGAACUGGAGGAGCUGCAGAGAUACUGCCAGGAGGUGUUCGGACGGGUGGAGCGGUAUUACAGGAAGCUCAUUCACCUGCCGCUGCUUGCAGACGACCACGACAUCUCUGACCGAGAGCUGGACCUGGACGACGGGGGCGACCUGUCCAGCCAGCCCUGGACAGACAGCAUGCUGUCCCCGGUGCCGUCGUCCAGCCGCUCUGCCUCCAUCCCGGUGCCCCUGCGGGCCGAGCGCUCGGGCCAGGACACUCCGGCCAGCGUCGACUCCAUCCCCCUGGAGUGGGACCAUGACUACGACCUGAGCCGCAGCCUGGAGGCGGCCGGGACCCAGGCGCCGGCGUCUGAGCCGGGGGUGCAGCUGCCGGAAGAGGACUUCGGCCUCCUGGGGGCCGCGUCGGGCCUGUCCAGUGAGGCCGGCUCCCUGGAGACGCACAUCCGGAAGCUGGAUAAGGCUCUGGACACCAGCCGCUUCCACCUGCAGCAGACGGAGAACAUCAUCCGGAGCCGAACGCCUACCGGCCCUGAGCUGGACACCAUGUACAUGGGCUAUAUGCGUCUCCUGGGUGAGUGCCGGAGUAGCAUAGACACCGUUAAGAGGGUCGGGUUUGAGCUGAAGGAAGAGGGCGACAAACACUCUGGGCUUUUCAACCCCAACAGCGCUGAGACCCAGACUUCUGGCGUGAUCGAGCGCUGGGAAGUGAUCCAGGCCCAAGCACUCAACAAGGAGCUGCGCAUGAAGCAGAACCUGCAGCAGUGGCAGCAGUUCAAGUCAGACGUGGGCAAUGUGUGGGCGUGGCUGAGCCGGGCGGCGGAGGAGCUGGAGCAGCUGCGUGGCCUGGACGUUGGCACGGACAUCGACACCAUCGAGCAGCGCAUCAAGAAGUUCAAGGAGCUGCACAAGGCCCUGGACCAGCGCAAAGCCAUCAUCCUGUCCAUCAACUUGUGCAGUGCCGAAUUCCUGCAGUCGGAUACGGAUGAGGCCCUGGAGCUGCGGGGCCAGCUGAAGGAGAUGAAUGACCGGUGGGACCAGCUGGGUGCCUCACUGGAGGAGUGGCGAGGCCUGCUGCAGGAUGCCCUCAUGCAGUGCCAGGAUUUCCACGAGAUGAGCCACGGCCUACUGCUCUGGCUGGAGAACAUCGACCGCAGGAGGAACGAGAUCGUCCCCAUUGACUACAGCCAGGAUGUCGAAGUGCUCCACGAGCAUCACAGAAACCUCAUGCAAAUUCGCAGAGAGCUGCUGGAUUCGCAGCUGAAAGUUGCCUCACUGCAGUACAUGUCCAGGCAUCUGCUUGUCAACUCCGAGGGCAGGGACUGUCUGGAGGCCAAGGAGAAAGUUCACGUCAUAGGCAACCGGCUCAAACUGAUCCUGAAGGAGGUGAACCGGGACAUCCGGGGGCUGGAACGGACACUGGAUAUCACCAGCAGCCAGCAGGAUCUCUCGUCAUGGUCAUCAGCUGACGAGCUGGACACCUCUGGAUCGCUGAGUCCUGUGUCGGGGAGGAGCACGCCAAGCCGGAGGCGAUCGCCACGGGGCAAAUGUAGUCUGUCAAAGCCUGGACCCUCAGUCAGACGUCCUCACCGCAGGUCUCCCAGAGGCGCUGGCUCCGCUUCCUCCCAUUCUGAGGCCAUGCUGGUGCCGCUGCCCCGGAGGCAGGCCUUCCUGCGCCGUGUGCUGUGGGCUGCCCUGCCCCUCCAGCUACUGCUGCUGCUGCUCCUCGGCGCGGCCUGCCUGCUACCGGCCGCCCCCCACAGCUGCUCCUUCUCCAAUGGCUAUGCCUCCUCCCUGCACUCCGUGCUGUACUAGGCCAGUGCCCAGAGGGGGCGCCCCAGCGUCUGCGAAAAAAUGCCCGAUGGUGUUGUCUUUGUGUUACGAGCUGCUGGUUAUUUUACGGCAGCUGUCUCGAUGUGCAGGUGGCUGCCGAGAUCAGCCAUAAUGUCUGGACCUGCUGUACUUUUCCAUAUCAAAAUGAAUCAUUUCUUAAGAGAACUUAUUCAAGGAGUUCACUGAAGCUGGCCAUGACUGUCCAAAAAAACAAACAUAAUAUUUAACGUCUUCGAACACCAAUGUCAUUAUUUGUAAGAACACACUCCAUUUUAUUUUUCAGAAUAGUUCUUUUUUUGGUUUUUAGCAGACAUCUGUGAUCUUGCUUGACUGAAUGAUUUGUAAAAUAUUGUUGAAAUAGCCCAUAAUGCAGUUAUUUUUUUACAUGUCCUUCUUAGCAUGCAACAAUAAUCUUGGAUAUGAAUGCAAACUAUGUUUAGUGUGAAAGCUGUAUUUUUACUUAAACUGUAUCUGGACGCAAGAUCAAUAAGUUGUGUAAUAAUGUAAAAAAGAAAUAAACUUAUAUAUGACAAAGAAAUCUAUGGCUAAAACAA